AGAAACUAGUUUCUUAAUUACUGACUAUCUUCGUAAACGCGACUAUUGUUUAUUAUUCACGAUCUUCUAAAAUGUCAGUAUUAUAAAAUUAAACUUGCUUCGUAAAUGACACUGAUGUGUCAGAUCGGAAAUAAAGUGAUUUGCAAGAAAUAAUUUAUUGUAAAGAUUUUAAAAAGGAAUUGACAAUUUAAAUAAUAAACUUUGAAUGUCGUUUCUUUGUUUUCAGAGCAACACAAUCUUUUAAAUUGUACAAUUCCCUAUAAACGUCUUAUAAAACGACAUUUAUAGUUAGAAAUAAGAUAAAUAUGGAGAAACUACGAUUUAAAUUUGAAGUUCAAGGGUCGGCAGAUGGAAAAACCAAUGUGAUCUGCAUAACCUCUAUCGAGACACCAGACGGCCGUGUUUACGAGAUUCCAGACGAGUUAAAACCAGCAAGUAAGCACAAUGUCAUAUUAACUACGGAAUUAUUUACGAAAAUUAAGAAUACGCUUAAAAAGAGACAUCAGACACGAUCCUUAUGGAUCCCUCUUAAUACGGAACUGAGAAAAACAUAUCUAGAUGAGGGUGAAAAUGUGCAAUUUGGGAACCAAUAUUUGGAUGAGACCACAGGAGAGGCAAAUGCUUCAUAUAAAAAUUCUAGUAUGUCAGAAAAUAAAAACCUAGGAAAAACCGCAGAACGGUUUGUAAUCGAAAAAUUUUCAAACAAAUCAUCCAGCGCUGACCAAUGGAUAAAUGAUUUCGAGAGUGAAUGUGAAAGAUUCCAAAUUCGACACGAUGAAGAGAAAAUUGGGAUUCUUAAACACCUCCUAGAAAAACAAUGUUUGGAUUGGUAUGCCAGUAUGCUAAUAAAGAUGAGUAUGAAUUCUGACUGGGCAAAAUGGAAGAAUGCCUUUUGUGAAACUUAUGGUAAUAAAGGUUGGUCUCAAAUUAAAUACGCAUUUAUUUUUAAAUAUCAGAGUGGAUCUUUAUUAGAAUAUGCUACAAAAAAGGAAAGGCUAUUAUUAGAGGCCAAUAAGAACAUUGACACGAAAACCCUGAUAACUCUUAUUGUCAUAGGAUUACCAGAUUAUGUAAUGGACAAAAUUGAUAAAGAAACUAUCAAAACAACGGAAAACCUUUAUAAUGAAAUAGGGAAACAUGAAUCAUUGAUUAAAAAGAAAUACAACAACAACUACAGGAAGAAUACAUACGAAAAGAAUAAUUAUGAAUAUAAAGGAAAGAUGGAGAAUGAAAAAAAACCAUGCAAGAUAUGUGAAAAAUUAAAUAAAGGUUCUCGAUUUCAUCCGGAAGAAAAAUGCUGGUUCAAACAAACAGAAGAAUAUAAUCAAAAGAGAAAUAGUGGUAGAACCAUAAACAAUACAGUAUUAGAUGUGGAACUAAGUAAUGAAGAAAAAAAAAACGAGUAGUAACACCAUUAAUUAAAAUCAAACUAUUAUUAAA